AUGGCCGACAUGCAGGACCACAAUCACGCAAGAACACAAUCAAUACUCCAACCACCGCCUUCGCCACUCACAAUCGGAAGCAACCAUAUUUCCGAAGGCGAACGUAUCCUCAACAUCAUAUGUCCCGCCAGAUACUUCACCUCAUCAACAUGUACCAUCACCGACGAACACGGCGAACUCCUCUUCAAACUCGAGAUCCCAGCAGCCUUUAAAUCCUACAGCGUACGACGCACAUUGAAAGAUACCUCAGACCGAACACUCCUGGUACUUCGUCAUCCAAAUUCAAAAAUCCACACUCUGGCCGUAGAAACCGAGACUGGGACGCAACUCUGUCUUAUCAAGGAUCAUGGCCAGCAUGUCAGAGACCAGACUGCGCAGAUACAUUUUGGAGAAUGUUAUGCGACGAUCGAUAUUCGAGAUGUGAAUGCGAUUGGGACGAAGACUUUGUAUCAAUUCCAAGGACAGCCUGUCGCGGAAUUGGAGAUGGUUGUUGAUCAUGAGCUUGGGCUUUUGACGAGCAAAAGUGAUUCCGUCAGGACGGCGUGGAGGCUGAGAAUUGCGCCUGGGGUUGAUAUGGCACUUUUCGUCGCGUUGGCAUUUGCUCGGAUAGAAAUUUCGCAGUCCUGGCGUCGCUGA